AAACGAGAUUGGCGGAGGGAAAAAACAAAAGGAAAAACCUCGACUGUCGUACGAGAAGUCAAUGAUGGUGUAGGUAGAUGACUACGAUUUGUUCUGCUCAGCAAAUGCAGCCUGGCAAGGCACAGCUUCUAUGGAGUAGCAGUAGCUCUCCGAACUACCCGACGUUUACCCGCAACGCAGCACCGCCCAUACGCCGCACUAUCAGCCCAGCAGACAAUCAGCUGAGUACCUCAGGCCAGGUACCUUCCAAGCCAUUCCGUCAUCUGUUCUCCCUGCCGCCUGCUGUGCGUCUUCGUUUUCGGCGGGGCAUCGUUCCUUGGCUUUCGUUCUCCAUUCACAAACUGCCCCGCGCCAGGAACAGCUGCGCUGCACCCUUUUUUUUUUAGGUAUAUCAAGACUUGACGCCGACGAUUUAUACGAACCGCUCCCGACCCUGACCGACAGAUCCUCCGCUUUCCACGGCGCCAGAUUCCGUUUGAUCGCAGAACCAGAAAUACACGCAUCCACGAAAACAGCUGGUACGCAGGUAUUAUUGCGCUGCGUAAAUAUCGAGUACAAACAACGAAAGACGCAUCGCCGGAUCGAUAACGAAAACAGAAGACAAGGACAAUGUCUGCCAAGGUCCCGCGCAACUUCCGCCUGCUGGAGGAGCUUGAAAAGGGCGAAAAGGGUCUCGGAGCUGAAGCUUGCAGCUACGGCUUGGAAGAUGGCGACGACCUGCUCAUGUCCAACUGGAACGGCACCAUCUUGGGACCUCCUCAUUCCGCACACGAGAACCGCAUCUACAGCCUGAAAAUGCACUGCGGCGAAAAGUAUCCCGACGAGCCCCCCUCCAUCCAGUUCGUCAGCCAAGUCAACCUCCCCUGCGUCAACCCUCACAACGGCGUCGUCGAUCCGAAGCAGCUCCCCUGCCUGGCCCAGUGGAAGCGUGAUAAUACCAUGGAGAUGGUCCUGAUUGAGCUGCGAAGAUACAUGGCGUCUCCGGCGAACAAGAAGAUCCCCCAGCCUCCUGAAGGCUCUACAUACUCAUGAUUCCCUCAGGAGUUUAUCGAAGAGACUACAGAAGACAAAGGCGGAAGGACGUUCUAGACGGGAAAGCGAAAGGGCCAACAGACAUACGUGGAGACCCCUCCUUCAGCCAAACAAACACAAAUCCACAUCAACACCACCACGCACAAAGAAGUCACGUAGCAGGUUUUAUUAAAGCUCAAAUCAUCCCAUUCAUAUCUCACAUUCAGAGUUUGGUAGCACGAAAAUCAUAAUUCACAUUCCAAAUCGUCCA